AUGUCGUCUACAGAUGAUUCGGAUCACUGCUCUCAGGAGUGCGACCGUACCUUGCCUCCUACGCCCGAGAAUGACACAGACGAUGAGUAUAUGAGUGAAGACAUUCCCACCGAGUCUUCAGAGAUGGAUGGUGAAGAUGGCAUGGACGAGGACGGCGUCACUGAGCUCAUGAAGGCGGCCAGACGAAACGACGUAGAUGCAGUGAAGCGCUAUAUUCCUCAGCAGGCGGGAAUGGUGGCGAAGUUUUUCAAGGCGGGAGGCGUAAAUAUAUAUGAAGGGACAGCCCUGAUGGUCGCCGCGGUGCUUGGACACGCCGAGGUGGUGAAGCUGCUGAUGAAGCACGAGAGUGGAAUGAUGAGCAGCGAUAAGCACACCGCCCUUAUGUGGGCGGCAGUCAACGGUCAUACUGAGGUUGUGAGGCUACUCGUGGAGGUUGAGGGCGGCAUGAAGAGGAGCGAGGGCUGGACUGCUCUCGUCGGUGCAGCAUCCUUUGGCCAUUUGGAGUGUGUUAAAUUACUGCUAGAGAAGGAGAAGGACGUAGGCGGCGAGGUUGCCCUCUACAUGGCUAGUACAUGGGGUAACUCCGAGGUGGUGUCUUUUCUCAAAAGUAAGGGUAUUGUAGAUCCAUACUUACAAAUGUUGUCCAGAAAGGCCGUGAGUGAACGCGCUUAA